ACUCCUAACAAUAGUCCCCCCCCUCGCCUCUAGUUCGUAGUCUUUAGGCGAAGGACUGCACGUGGGAUGAUACAGGGUUACUUUUCUGAUUGGGCAAACGAAAAGUAGCGCGUGAAGGUGCGGUUUCCAACGUUGAGGGUCGAAUCGUCGCGUUCGGUGCUUGAAGCGCGUGAAAUCCGGAAGUUGGAUCGUCAUUGAGCGCGUGCUGCAAUGAUGACGUUUCUGGAUUCUUCUUUUCCCCCCCCUAUAAAUAUCGCUUCCUCUCUAAUCUUGUUAUCUUCUUCUCGUGUUUUUGGUGCUUCCGUCGUUCAGGUAUUUUUCCAUUCUUCUAUCUCGUCGUUAUAUUGCUUUUAGUGUGUCGUCGCUUUUUUUUAUUAUGAAUUCUCCUCGAUCCGCGUCAUCCAAUCCCUCUGCCGGAAGUCACCUUCGACGAGCGACGACUUCUGAAUCUAGCGGCUCUACCAGAUCUGUUCGCCGUCGAACUCGUUCUCUAAGACCCUCUGACUCGUCUUCGACGGAUUCGGAUGCGGCUCGAUUCGAAGAGAUAAAGCGUCGUCUUGCUCCCGGAUCUGCAGUCCCUAGCUCCUCAGGGCUUACUUUCAAGAUUCCCUCCUUGAUAGACGAGCCUUUGAACGAUGGCUUGUCUUCUCCUAAUUUGGACGAUGUCCCUUUGCCAACCGUGAAUCUCUUCAAUCAUAUGCCGGCGACGUCGAUAAAAAUUGAUGCGGCAGUUGACGCAGUUCGUAUCGGGAAAUUAAAAGUUGAUGUGACAGUUGUUGCGGAUCGUCCCAGGAAACUGAACACGAAACCGAAGAUCUUGAUUCCGAACGCCUUUCAACGUCCCUGGGAUGCACCUUCCGGUUUUAUUUGUCUUUCAGAGAAAUACUUCACCGAGUGCGGACUCACCUUUCCUCUUCCGUCUUUUUUGAUGACGUAUUUUGCUCGUCGAAAGGCGGCUGUUUCCCAAUUUGCCCCGGCGACCUUUCGAAAUGCUGUCGGUCUUUCGAUCAUGGCCGAGGCUGCAAGGGUCAAGCUUACUUGUGAUCACUUUGAAGAGUUGACGUGUCUGAAUCCGUCGAGUCGGGAGAAGACUCCCGGGCUUUAUUACGUAGCCUCGGGAAAGAAGACGACGCUCGUCGAGGGUGCCAAGGGUAAAACGUAUAACUGGAAAGGCUCGUAUUUCUUUUUGGAAGUUGCCGCGGGGGUUAUGGAGGAUCCGUCGAUCCCUUGGUUUUCUGGGUGGAACCCUUCACCCGUUGUUAUUCCGAGGUGUUUGCUUCCAUACCCUUCUUCUUUCCGAGCCGAAAUAGACGCGAUUAAGCUCCGUUGCCCCUUCGUUUGGCCGGGAACCGAGGGUAGAAAAGAUCGUCCACGGAAGUUAGCAUCCAACCGAAGACCAAGAGCUGAGACUAUGGGGAAACUGAACUUGAACGUCCCUAAUGCAUCCGCUCGCUAUCGCCAAGCUCCAGAGCCGCCGUCUCGGUCGGCUCCCCGUCAGGAUGUUCGUCGAGGUUCCGAUCCCCCUGCUGCAGGGUCGUCCAAAAAAGCCCCGCCUAACCGCCACACCGGCCCUGAAGAGACGCUUCCAAGGAGGAAGGUGGACGGAACUCCUGGUCGCAUUGCCGACCCUCCAAAAAGGUCGCAGAAAAGGAAGGAUGGCCCUGAACAAGAGCCGCCUGUCCCACUGAAGAAGUCAAAGCCGGUCGACUUCAGCUGGGAUUUUGCUCAUUCAUCUGGAGCUCGUCCUUUUCCAGCUGACUCGCAGUCUUGUGCCGAGUUGUUUCGGAAGAUCCAUUAUGGCGAAGGUCGUCUCCCUUCCGUUGAAAGGAUGAAAGAGGCCGACGCUGUCACCGAAGUUGCUCAAGCGUCUUUUGAGUUUAUUGCGCAUAUUAAUCGUAUGGCCACCCGCUAUGAAUGUCGUGUUCGAGACAUGGAACGUUCGGGGGCGUCAAAUGAGAGGAUUGAGCGCCUCAAGGCUCAAUUGGGGGAGGCAGUUCGGUCCAACCAGAGGCUUAGCGACCUUGUGGCCAAACUCGAACAUCACCGGAGUGGGCUUAUCAAAGAGCGGGAUUCUCUCUCGACGAAGCUUAAGGAGUCCGAAGCUUCCUGCAAUGGUCUGAAGCUCACCCUUAGCUCGGAGACGAGAAGGCUCAGGGAUCGGCGUGAUGAAUAUGGGCACCAUGAGCGAAUCAAUGCCUUUCACGAGGUGGCCGGUCGUGUGCAGAGGCUCCUAUCGAAGCAUAAAAGCCACGCCGAAGCGGUUGAAGCGUCGCGGGAGAAAUUCCUCGAAUACAACCAAGCUGUUGGGAACGUUCAAAUGCUGGAAACGCUCGCCGCCGAGGGUCGAAUUUCCUUGCUUGAUGAGGAGCUUAAGGGCCAGGUCGUGGCCGUGAUGAAUCAGCUGAAGGACGAGGUUGGAGAGUUUGAUCUGCCAGACAUCUCCGAGGCUGAUUUUGACUUGUCUCAGAUUUUUGCCGGGCCUCUCCCCCCAAUUCCGACUUGGAUCGCUUCCCCAAUCAGCGGGAAUACGGAGGGUCAUACUGAUGAGGGUGGGGAUGAAAGGUCGGAGAGUGGGGAGAUCGGGGGUGAAGAACUGGACGAGCAGGAGCAGGUUGACGAUCGCCCUUCAGACGGAGUUGAGGCGCAAGUCACCGACCAACCUUCUAAUGGAGUCGAGGAGCAGGUUCCGGACUGUUCUGCCGAAGGGUUACCUCGUCCUUCCACUCCUGGGCGCGAGUCUCCGGUUGCUGGCCUAGUCUCGAAGAAGAGAGUUGCUCUGAUGCCGGUGACGACAAGAUCGGCGUGGUUGCGCAGGGCGCGGGAACAGCUCGGCGUUAGAUCCGACGAGGUUAUUCAAUCAGAACUUAACUAUUAUAAUGCUCGCAUUCAGCGACUAAGGGCUUACGUCAUUGCCACCCGUCGUUCGUUCGAACGUUACUACGACUUCUGUCGUAUUGACGGGGUUGUUGAAUGUCUUGAAACGCUGAUCGACGAAGGGUUUUUCUUUCCGAAGUGGCGAUGGGAUCGUUUGGUGGAAGAACGCACCCGGCGCGAAGAUUUAUGUGCGGAAGUGGUAAUUCCCGCACUCGAGCAGGGCGACCUUGAUACCCUUGGUCGGAGGCCGUUUGAGGAACGAGAGGAGAUCGAAGCCUGUCGUGAUCGUAUCGACGUGCUUCGCCGCUACGUGACGCAGUUGGAGAGCACAAACCACUAUUUUAGCGAAAGUAGUCGCGUCGAAGGGAUUUGUGCGUACCUCGAGGACAUGGUUGGGCGAGGCAUGGCUGUUCCGAUGGAUCUGCUGAAGGAUGUGAAAGAGUCAUGCCGCUAUUGGCAGACAACAAUUGGCGGGUUGGAAUUUAACGAGCCUUCCAAUGCCGAUCUAGGAAUUGAAUGA